UAUUUUUAAGUAAUUAUUAUUAUUAUUAUUAUUAUUGUUAUUAUUAUUCAGUCAAAUGGAGUUCAUUGGCAACUCAGUGAACACUGCCUCGCCAUCAAAGGCCAGAAGAAAGCAACAGCAGCCACCCCCACCGAGCCAACAAGACGAUCCGGCUGCCGGUGGGGUGGCUCCCGUGAGGUUCUUGGGGGUGAGGAGGCGGCCGUGGGGCCGGUAUGCCGCUGAGAUACGGGACCCUUCCACGAAGGAGCGCCACUGGCUCGGGACCUUUGACACGGCUGAGGAGGCUGCCUUGGCUUAUGACCGGGCAGCCCGGUCCAUGCGCGGCCCCAAGGCCCGCACCAACUUUGUCUACUCAGACAUGCCCCCAGGUUCCUCCGUAACAUCCAUCAUCUCCCCCGACGAAGAACAGAAUGACAUGUCGGCGUUCUUCAUGUCUGCCGUGCCGCAGCACCAGAACCACGUGCCUGCCAAUCAGAUUGUUUUCUCCCAUCAGGGCGGCAGUGUCGGAACCGAGGGCGGGCAGAACAGCACGGGGCUACCCGUCUCGGACAGCUGGUGUAGUGGGGCUGCGGAGUUCGGGUCUUGCACAUACCCGUCCUCCAUCACAUCCUUCACGGAUAGUGGCAGCGAGCCCCGCCUUCCUACGUACGAUGACACCGAGCUUCCGCCUCUGCCGCCUGAUAUGUCGACUUUCUGCUCUUCGGGCUUCGCAGGGCCUGACUCGGGCUCUGGUCUUGGCCCUGGUGGGUGGGACAAUGAUAUGGGCCUAUUUGGGCUACAGGGGCAGGGCGUAAAUGGCGUGGGUAUGGGCUGCAAUGGGCAGUACAUGGACUUCGAUCAGAAUGAGUUCGUCCAGCAUAAUCCGAUCUUCGGGAAUACGGCCAUGGAUGGGUUUGAUUUGGGCUCACCGUCCGCGUACUACUUCUGAGUUUGGGCUACGGGCUGGGCCUUGAACUUGGGCCCUUUUGGUUUUUAUGGUUCUCAUGAAAUGUGCUGAGCCUAGGCGAGAGCAGCGGGGCCCAUUUGAAGUGUAUUUCGUUUUUUUCUUUUGCGGUGUGGUUUUUUUUUUUAAAAAUAUAUAUUUAGCAAGAGGGAAAGAACUCUUUAUGCGAUGUAUGUAAAUUUGCUAUGGAAUUGGAGAAUAUAAAGCCACCAGGAAUAUUGGAGAGAGCUCCUCCCCUCCCCUU